AUGCAUAGAAAUAGUCCAACAACAAACACAAAUAGAAAUAACCCAGUUUUAAAUAGAGGCGCACCCAAUUUAAAUAAUAACAAUAAUAAUAGUCCAGCAACAAACACAAAUAGAGGCAAUCCAAUUUUAAAUAGAGGUGCACCUAAUUUAAAUAAUAAUAACAAUAUUAGUCCAAUAAAUAGUCCUAUUGUUAAUAGAAACAAUCCACCAUUGAAUAGAAGUAGUCCAACUAUAAACACAAACAACAACCCAAAUACCCCACCAAAUAUAAAUAGAAACAGCAAUCCAGCUUUAAAUAGAAGCAAUCCAACUAUAAAUACAAAUACCAACACAAAUACCCCUCCUUUAAAUAGAAGCUAUCCAAGUAUAAAUACAAAUGUUAACACAAAUACCCCACCACCAGCCAUCAAUAGAAAUAACACAAAUACCCCACCCCCAAACACAAAUGUAAAUACAAAUAACACAAAUGACAACAAACCAGAUGAUAAAUCCAAAGAUGAAAAGGAUGGAAACGAAAUUAAUUGGCAAGAUAUAGUUGAUAGACAAAUUGUUGGUUCUGGGUACAUUGAUUUUGGAAGUAUAUUGGAUAUAAAUGGUAAAGUUUUAGCAAGCAAAAACAUUACUAUUAAUGAAGAAGAAGCUAAACAAUUUAUAAAAGAUUUAAAAAACAAUGAACAAAUUUUAAAACUUGCUGGUAAAAAAUACAACACAAUGAUAAAUAAAGAUAAAGAAUAUUACCAUGGUAAAGAAGGAAAUAAUGGGAUAUUUUGUUUGAAAACUAAAAGCAACUAUAUAAUAGGACAUUAUUGCGAGUAUCACCAUUACGAUAACCCAUUUCCAAAGAAAUCCCAAAUUGUUAUUGAAACAGUAGCUAAAAAUAUGAAAGAAAUAAACUUAUAA